AGUGUAGUCAUAGAUCUGACAGAUAGAGAGGGCAAAAAACCCUAAGCGCCGAAAGAGGAAGGGCAGUUGAAAAUGGGAAGAGGAAAGAUCGUGAUAAAAAGAAUCGAUGAUUCCACGAGCAGGCAAGUCACUUUCUCGAAGAGAAGGAAAGGGUUACUCAAGAAGGCAAGGGAGCUUGCCAUACUCUGCGACGCCGAGGUGGGAGUCAUCGUCUUCUCUUGCACUGGAAAGCUUUACGAUUUUGCGAGCUCUAGCAUGCAGUCGGUGCUACAACGUUACAGGGAGUUAAGGGAGGAAGGCCACCAACUACUUAAUCCAGCUUCAGAAAUCAUGCAUUGCCAAAGAGAAGUCACAAGCUUAAGACAACAGCUACAGCAACUGCAAGAGCGUUACAGGCAAUUGAUGGGAGAACAACUCUCUGGCCUCAGUGUCAAAGAUCUGCAUAAUCUAGAAAAACAACUGGAGAUGAGCCUAGAGGUUGUCCGUGCCAAAAAGCAGAAGCAAAUUUUCUCUGACGAGAUAGAAGAGCUGAACCUUAAGGGAAACGCGAUGCAUCAGGAAAACAUAGAGCUGCAUCAGAAGAUAAAUCUCCUCCUCCAGGAAAAUAAUGCAUUGAGAAAGAAGAUUCACAAAGCAAGGGAUGUCAAUGAAGGUAACCAAUAUUCCCAUGAACCAUUGGAUAGGGCCAUAGUACAUGAUGUGUUUGCACCUUCAAACCUCCGGCUAAGCCAGCCACAGCCUCAGAGUAAAGAAGCCCGUCUAGAAGCAACCCAUCUGGGAUUGCGACUGCAUUAG